AUGUGGUUGGCUUUCUACCCAGCCAUUGAAGUGAUCUAUCAAUUGGUAUGGUUUGGCUUCCAUUUCCUAGCCGAGUUUUAUUGGUCACAACACUCGCUAAACGAUAACAAUCAUUCCAUGCCCUCGUCCAGUUCCGCGGACUACUCCAUACCGCUGCGUUCACACAGUGAAAGCUACGGUCCUCUUCCUGGGGGCACAACAAAUGGAUCAGAGAGGUUCGUUUUUGAACGAAUGGAUGACUACUCAAACUCCAUAUCGUUAACCGUGGAGGAUGGGUCUAAAGAUGCCGACGAUUUGGACAAUAAGGAUCCCCGAAAUGAAGACGAGGAUUCGUCCUUCCUCCUUAUUGACAAUUCAAAAUUGGUCAGAUUUGACCAACGUCCACGAAAAGCUUUCACCUUUAAGUAUCACGGCACAAGGUCGUCAGUUCCAUCCUCAUCACAUCGAUCCCCUGCAAAAGGUUUUCCAAAUCGGAACUACUUGACGAAACCGGAGAAGCCUGUUCAUCGAGAUGCAGGCUACACCAAAGUCCACAAGGGUCCAGAUCAGAUUCAUACUUUGCCUCAGCGUAUGCAGUCUAGAACAUUGUUUCAGGAGUCACUUCGUCCUCCACAUUCAACGGUGGAAUCGUCAGACGACAUGCCAACACCAAGAAUGCGUCAGGCGUUGGGUCGUGUCGAUACCUCUUCGAAGGACAUCUUUGAAUCCAUCCAACAGGAUUUGAAACAACUUGAGUCAUUUAGGUGUCAUGAUUCUCUCUGUGAAAGUCGACCUCAUCGAAAGUGGUUUCCUGAUUUUGAGAAUUCUCCCCGCGAACACUACUCGAAUCCUCUGUCGGAGUCGUCAAGGUCGACCUCAUCUGAUAGACCGGAACGAAGAUGGGGUAAGGGUACGCCUUGCUUUCGUAAAUGA